AAUAGAUGUACGAUUUUAUUUGUAUUUAUUAUUUUUUCUGUUUUUUUCAUCCGCCCCAUCGGAUGUAAAUACGGUAAAUCAGAAUAAUAUCAAAGCGGAUAUCGCGUCCCGGCAAUCCGAUCGUAAUUUUAAAUUUCAGUAUCACGCGAGAUGAGCAUGACCUCGCGGAGGCGGUACUUCUAGUACUAUAGACCCUAUGCCCCUGUUGUAGAGCGUCGAGGACAAUAUAUCAAAAGACGAACACGACCAGGAUUGGAGUUCAAGUGUAAUGGCAGAAGGAGGUCCUCAGCCGACACCUCCAGACAAUCCGUCUGGGAACUCACAUCUUCUCGACUGUCCCAUUUGUCUGGAACAGUUACGGCAGCCGAAGUGUCUACCAUGUCACCAUUCCCUUUGUCAGGAAUGCUUGACCAGUUACAUCAUCAGCGAGGUGUCGGGGACAAGUGAUACGGCGGUGUCCUUCACCUGUCCGGUAUGUAGGAAACUAACCCACCCUUUGAACAAAUCAGAAGACAUGGAGAACUGGGCCAAGCACUUUCCGACCGACAUCGCUGUCAUCGAGAUGAUAGAGUUGAAAAACAGGUCAUCGGAACCACAUUACUGUAUGCCGUGCCAGAGGAAAGGGAACAUGAUGACGUCAGCAAAGUUCUGGUGUAAAACAACUCAAUCUUUAUUCUGUGAGUCAUGUAAGGUGGAUUUCCACGAUAUGAUUCACAUUAACUGUGAUGUUGUAGAUAUAACAGAGACGAAGAGUUUCCUUCUGAGCCAGUCAACAUCAGACAAGAUUUGUAACAAACACAAGGAAAAGAUGGAUUACUACUGUGAGGACCACAAAUCCAUCGGCUGUUGUAAAUGUAUAACAGUUGGCCACAGGAAAUGUGACGCUGUGGCCACGACAGAAGAAUACUGUGAGAAACUGACCAGUGGUCACUGGCUAGAGAUGAGGAAAUCACUACAAAAAGGGGAAAAGGAAAUGGAGUCACUGGUAAAGGACUUCCACAUACAACUCCAAACUAUUGCAGACGGCAAAGACACAGCAAUGAAAAACAUUGACAACCUACAGGAACAGAUCAUUAAUCGUAUUGAAGAGAUGAAAAAGGAAAUCACAGAUGACUUGAUAGCUAAGUAUAUAGAGGAGAGAGAAAAACUGAAGGUGUCCAGUCAGAAGUGUGAACGACUGAAGGUCGCUAUACAGAAUACACUAGAGUCGUCCACUACAGCCCAACAGAGGAAUGACCACAUGGACAUGAUCCUGUUGUACCAACGAGGUCAGGCGGAGGUCGAGUCGUGUAGGGAUUUACUGAGAGAGGUACAGACAUCACUUUCAUCCAUCAGUAUUGAGCAUGAAGCUGAUCUCCACAUGACAAGCCAAAGCCCAGCUUUGAGUUUUGGAAAAAUCAUUGUCCGAAAGCAGCUACAACAUAUUCCAGCUGAUACAAAUGCUUUCGCUAAACCUUUAUCUGAGCGUGAUGUCAAGGAGUUAAAAAAGAUUUACAUUAAAUGUCCAUCCGAUGAGUACGAUUGUUCUUCCCGUGGAGUUGUUUACCUACCAGAUGGACGAAUUGUGGUGGGAGAUGACGGAAACAAUAAAAUCAAGCUAAUCGACACAGAAGGAAAUGUUGUGGACGAGUUGAAGGUGAACGGAAGUCCCUAUGACAUGUGUAUGGUUGACAACACCACCGUGGCGGUCGCUAUGUACAGCGGUCCCAGACGUAUCUGUUUAGUAACAGUCGCACCCUCUAAACUUAUUCUGGCAUCUGAAAUAAAUAUCGACAUAGAAUGUUACGGUAUAGCGUACAGAAAUGGCGAAUUCGUCGUCAGUUCAGGACGCAAUGUGUUCACUGUGACUAAGGACAGUCCACGAGCGAUGACACGCCAGAUACAUGAAAGUUCUAGUACAGUAUAUGCAUUGUCAUAUGAUUUAAAUCAUGGAAAACUCUUUACCGCUCACUACACAAAUCGCACUGGCAGAGUGGUUGUUGGUAGACUGUCCUCAGACAACACAUACUCCAGUGCGUUGAAAGUUGGUGUUGUGAAGUACGCUGAUGGCGUGGACGUCGACAGGGAAGGUAACGUGUAUGUCUGUGGCCACAGUUCCAACAACGUGAUACAGAUGUCCGGGGAUGGAACAAACGUCCGGGAACUAUUAACGACAAAGGACGGUAUCGCUUGUCCUGAAGCCAUAUCCGUAUGUGGAGACAAACUUGUACUGACUAAUGUUUCUUCUACAAAGUAUAACUAUAUCACAGUGUAUCAACUUGUUUGA